AUGAUUAACUUAGCACUAAUUAUAGUGAGACUCUUACCAGUCUCUGGAAGGGAUACAGAGAAGUUAUAUGUAGAAGCUAAUAAGAAUUUGUUAACUAGAAAGAAAAAGAACAAUUAUAAACCACUUGUAGAUGAAAUUGAAAAGAUCAUUAAAAGAAGAAUCCGUAAAUAUGGCAAAGGUGAAAGAAUAGAAUAUUUAAUCAGAUACAAAAAUUCAAAUGAAGAUAAUGAUACAUGGCUACCAAAUUUUUAUUUAGAAGACGAAUGUGAAGAUAUGGUUAAUAGUUUUGAAGCCCAUUACAGAGAUGUUGGUCAAUCAAUUCAAGUUUAA